ACCAAGUCAUCAGAGUUCUGCAUAAUACCGAGAAAACUGUCUCAGUGUCAAGAAGAAUGGCUCAUCCACUGCUGUCUUUCCUUGUUAUUCCUCUUUUUUUGGCUAUCAUAACAAAUGGCCAGCUUAAUUACAAUUUCUACGAAAGCUCUUGCCCACAUUUGCCUAUGAUUGUUAGGUACAAUGUUUGGACAGCUUUCAGGAACGAUACUAGAGUUGCUGCAUCUUUGCUUCGGUUGCACUUUCAUGAUUGUUUCGUUAAUGGCUGUGAUGGCUCUGUUCUUCUUGAUGACACGGCUCGUUUUAAAGGAGAGAAGAAUGCAGGCCCUAACAAGAAUUCUGUUAAAGGAUUCGAUAUCAUUGAUAACAUCAAAGCAGAUGUAGAAAGAGCUUGUCCCUCAACUGUAUCUUGUGCUGACAUAUUAACUCUUGCAGCUAGAGAAGCUGUCACUGCGGCAGGAGGACCUUAUUGGCAAGUUUCAUUAGGCCGUAGAGACGGAUUAACAGCAAGCAUGAAAGCAGCAAACGUUAAUUUACCAUCCCCAUUUGAGCCUCUGGAUAAAAUCAUUGCCAAGUUUACAUCAAAUGGUCUUGAUACCAAGGAUGUCGUCGUUCUCUCAGGUGCACAUACUAUAGGCUAUGCUCAAUGCUUCACAUUCAAGCAAAGGCUAUUCAACUUCAAAAGUUCCGGCAAGCCUGAUCCAACCCUCCAUCCAUCACUACUAACAGACUUGCAAGGAAGCUGUCCUAAUGUAGAUGGAUCAAACAACAAGCUGAAUCCACUGGACACUUCCACCACUUACAUGUUCGAUAACGCGUACUACAAGAACCUUGUGAACAAUUAUGGCCUCCUGGAAUCUGAUCAGGCCUUAAUGGCAAACCAAGAAACUGCUGCAAUGGUGAAUGACUACAGUAUGUACCCUUAUCUUUUUUCAAGAGAUUUUGCAGCAUCAAUGGUAAAACUGGGAAAUAUCGGAGUUAUUACAGGUCAAGAAGGACAGAUCAGGAAAAAAUGUGGUUCUGUUAACUAGAGUUUUGCUUCUGGUUAUGAUCUUGUGUUGGACUUUAAACUUUUACAACAUUGCAUUUCCUGUAAACCAUUAUAAUAAAAAUUUCCUGGGAUCAAGCUAGAGCCCAAAAGAUUAUCUGUAA